UCCACAAAAAUGGGUGCAAUCGGACGUUCUCUGUACGUUUUAUACUCGUUCUUUCUGGUCUACUUUAUCGCGGUCGCUUAUGCAUUCAAUAUUAUCCUGAUGUUCAGAAACAAUGAACUUGCGGGGUACAUUUCUAACAUCACUCAACUAUCCAUGAUUGUGCCUUUUCUGUGGGUUGUUAUAAAUAAAGAAUGCCUAAAAGUGCAACAAUCGAUCGAAAACUUCUACUGGCAUCGGAUCUUUAUUGCAGGUGCAGUGGUCUGCUUGAAUAUAUUACUUCCGAUUGCUAUGAUUCUCAUGUUUUUCGGAGGAUGGAUAAAUAUGCUUGCUUCCAUCCUCAUCCAUUCUCUACUAAUAUUACAGUUAAUAUGUUUCGCAAAUGUUCUUCUAGAAUCUGAAUCACCUAUCAAGUACACUUUCCCAAAAACCACAAAACUAACCAACCUUCAAAAGGUUUCCAUCUUCAUAUUCUUCACCAUUAUGGAAGUAUACUAUAUCUACUUGUGCACCUGGACUAAUUCUUCUUCAAACAAUUAUAACAUUAUUCAUUUCUUGCCAGGAACUAUAUACCUAUGCCCAAUAAUCAAUAUAAUGUCUAUACCAGCAGUCGUAGUUGCUUGUUAUGCACAUAACUCGGAUAAAGUUCAUUUAUCUCGUUUGAGACCUGAUGGUGGAUUAGAACACAUUGAGAUAAGAACAUGGGACCCUGCAACUGGAAUAUGGGGAGUCGACGAGAAGCCCGAAGAGCAUGAGAUUUUAGAAAUUUGAUUUUUAAACGACAUUAAUAA